AUGGCUCAGCUCUGUCGGGGAAAACUGGCUCCCCGAAUUCCUCAGCCCGCCUGGCGGGCCUUUGACCGGAAAAUAAUUGCUAAUCUGAAGGGGUCAGGUUUCAAUGAGAGCAACACCCUGCUCCUGAACAGCUUUGCUUGUCAGGAGACCAUCUGGGCAGAGCAAAGGGGCAACGGCCAAAACCAGCCGCCCCCUGAAGGCACUAAAGGGAAAACCAGGACAGAGCCCUGGACUCAAUAUCCAGACUCUGUUCGGGAUUGCCAUGUGUCUUUUGUUGGCCAGGUGUACCAGGCCAUGUGUGCCAAGGUGAUGUUUCUCUUUGGCGAGGCGAACCGUGUUGGGUGUUUGGGUCACUGGUCUGGUCGCCUGGACCAACAAAGGCUUUGGGGCAAGUAUGAGGGUGUUGAAAUGUGGAUCCUCUUCACUUAUAGGUCACCGACCGAGAUCGAGAGUAUUAUUUUUCUGGGUCCCCACCCCGAGCACUUCAUGCGGUCGUACAAGCGCGAGAUCAUCACCAAGACAAUAAUGAUGGACACAGUUUAUCGUUGUGUUGCGGAGAUGACUAGUAUGGAGCGCACCGACGAGCAAGCCAACUACCAAGAGCGCAAGUACACCGAGUCCCUGAGCAAUAAGGCAGACAAAAAGGAGAAGCGCCAGCUUGACGACAUCACUUCCGAGCAGCCGUCAAAGAAAGCGAAAGAAGGGAAUGGUAUCUCCCAGCUCGAGACCAACAGCUCUUUUGGUGCUAACAUUGUCAUCGAGUGUGUUGACUGUGGCUUCAGGCGCCGCAAUACCGAGGCUAGGUAUUGGAACAAAGACAGCAGAUUCUACGUCACAAGCCGUGGUUAUCGAUGCGAUUUUUGUUCCAGGUCAUCGACCAACAACCCUGCAGGGACGUCGCAAAUGCGGCUAUUUAUCCCUGUUGACCGCGAGGUUCCUUAUAUACUGAGGGAAAAAGCUCAGUACGGCAGAACCCCAUCAGCCGUCAUACAAUCGAUGAACCAAAGACGGGAGAAGUGCCAGGAAAGCGGCGAGUUCCCCGAGGGCCGUCCAAUCAAAUGGGACACCGUACCUGUAGGCCAAAAGAAGAAGGGAUACAAGGGUCCUGUGACUCUUCUUGGGCUGGAAGAUAACGCUGGCGACCCCAACGCUGGCAAACACCAGGGCCCGAGAACUGGCCAGUCUAAUGGUAAAGGAGGCAAGUGGACAGGCCAGGGCCCACACCCAGCCAAACCCAAGACCGUCGCUGGUGCUUUUGACCCGUUCUCUUAUGUCGCUCCUGCGGCAGACGAUGAAGAGGAGUGA